GUCAGUCAAGCAACACUGAGAAACCGAAACCGCCGCCAUUAGAGCGGCGUCGCACUUGAAGCGGGCUAUGGCGGCUAUGGCAUCUGCCUGUGUAGGUACCGCCGGUACCGCUGACGUCUCAUCAGCUUCGCCUUGGAGCAUUAGUCUUGUCACGAUUCCGCGGAGCUUCAAUGAAGAGAAGAUUGAGGCCUACCGCGCGUCGAGAUUGGCGUCCAGCCGUCAAGUCGUCCGAAGCCAGAAGUUUUUUACCGAGGCCUACCUAGAGCCUUCGUCGAUUCGAGUGUACAGCUCACCCACUGGUGUCCACGCCAAAGCAAGUUGCUUCAGGAGCCAAAAGAAAGCAGCAAAGCCUUACCAGGUUUCUGUGAACCUCCUUCAGAGUGGAGUUGUGAAGGGUGCCGACUGUGAGUGUGCAGCUGGCAAAAGUGGGGCGUGCAACCACAGUCUGGCCCUCCUCAAGCUUCUCGCUUUGUUAAGAGCGAAGGACUAUGAAGAAGUUCCCCCUGCAGUAGCCUGCACUGAGUUGCCCCAGCAGUGGCGCCGUCCACGAGGGGAAGCAGUUGCCUCCACAAGCGUGCAGUCGGUCGACUGGAGAAGCGUUCGAGAGGACGGGCUGGAAACCCCUAUCACGUCCAAGUUGUAUGAUGCCCAAAGAAACGCGAUGCACUUCAGUGAUAGAAUGGCCUCGAUCCAAGCCCUUGGAGAGAGUCUCUAUUCAAGUCAAGCCUCGCCCUUUGCAAAGCGCCUCCGAAGGGCAACUGCUGCUGAUCCGGUCAAGACGAAGUUUGGCCUGGCUCCGGUUGGCAGUGUCCUGUCCUACCAGCAGGCGCUGGUGCCUUUCGGAUACGAGACUUUCAUCAGCCCGGAGGUGGGCCAUGUCCAGGAAAGAAACCAGGCGCUGCCUUGUGAGCCGACCUUCUUCGACGCCUGCAUAAACUGGAAGAUGUCUGGGCUGAGCCUUCCCGUGGAACAAGACCUGCUCCUUAAGUCUCUCCUGGUGACUUCUACGGAGGCUAGAUGUUUGGAGAGAAACACUCGACAACAGUCUAAAAGUCCGCUGUGGAAGGCAGCCCGGCAGACCCGACUCACAGCCUCCUGCUUUGGGGAUGCUGCCACACGAGAGAGCUGGACUACGAAAGGCCUCAUCAACUUGACUUCACCCAAGGAUCUCUCUCACGUCCGUGCAGUCAGGCAUGGCAUCAAGUAUGAGCCGGUCGCCGUACAGCGCUACGAAAGUUCUUUGCGAGCCCUGGGGCAUGACAUCCAGACAUUCCCCUGCGGCAUUCUUGUUCGUCCAGACUGCCCGUGGCUUGGGGCGUCUCCGGACAGGCUCGUGUGGGAUCCAGCGGAAGCGACUCCUCAUGGAGUCGUUGAGGUAAAGUGUCCCUACACCCUGAAAGAUGGAGGCCUCGACACUGCAGUCAAUUUCUACAUGGAGAAGGACGCUGCAGGCAUAUACCGCCUCAACAGGAAUCACAAGAACUACUACCAAAUCCUUGGACAGAUGGCUCUCUCUGGGCUGCUGUGGGGUGACUUUGUGGUUUAUUCCCAUCAGUUUUUGAUUGUGGAAAGAAUUUAUUUUUCUGAUAGAAACUGGUCAGAAUGCAAGGCAGCACUAGACGACUUCUACUUUUCCGUCUUGCUUCCAUACUUGUGCAAAAGUCGCGCAUAAUUGUGUAAAGCCAGUGCUUCACCUCAGAGCAACCGUGCCAUUUUGUCAUGUUAACAAGCAGUCUUUUUUUUUUUUAUAUCUUAAAGGGAUACUACAACGAAAUUUCGACGCUCAUUUUCUGGUCUAUAUCUGUUCAAAGGAGCAGUAUCACAUCGAACAUACCAAUAUCUUGUUAAAAAAGCCUCGAAAAGGAAUUUUAAAACGAUUAGCAAAGAGCACCUGGUGGAUGUCGCUAACGCCUCGCUUGUAAUGCCCGUCUAGGAACCUUGACAGCUAGUGACGGUGAGUGUCUCGCCUCCGGCCACGACGACAGAAGAGGGGUAGGAGGAACUUCCCUCUUCUCGAGAUGCCUUUUGUGUGUCGCAGAAGUCGCUAUCGUCCCCCUACAAGAUUAACCUGUCACUCAAAAUUCGUACAAAAGCAGCCGCUUCAGUGGCUGGAGCGACUAGGCCAUCCUCUCGACGUCAGCCUCUCCGUAGCUUUGCUCGUCCCAAGACGACCCAUGUCACGUGGUCUCCGCUGGGCCUUCUCCGAGCGCUUGCCAGAGUCGGCCGUUUAUAACGAAAAAUACAGCCACCAGGCUCAAAAUACAAACGCGCGAUUGUCAUUUACGGAUAUUGUGGAUCAUAUUCAACCUAUUUUUGAACACGACAGGAGUAUUCCCAAUUUCGUUGAACUAUCCCUUUAAACACAAGAGACAGAUUGAGUCAUACAUGUUCAGAUAUGUCGACUACAAAUUUGUCUCGGGCAUUAUUGGCAUUGUUUUCUUUUCAUAAUCUUUUCAUAAAACAUUUUUCUGCACUUAGAUAUGUACUUUAGUUUUUCAAUCCCAAGUCAGUCACGAGCAGUAAAUACAAACACAUCCAUUCUCAUGCUUAAAUAGUUUAAUGACAGCAGUAAUUAUCUUAUGCUCAUGCUUAAUUUAUUAUUUCUAGUACAGCUGUCAGUAACCAAGUGAACUUCUGAAUAGAUUAUCCCUAUGUGCCAUGCAGUAAAAGUUUCCUUUAUACCUCUUGCUGAACAGACACAUUAAUUAAUUCAGUUCAACCAUUUGCCUUUUGUGCGUAGAAUGAGUUACCUUCCUGAAUUCAUUGGGAUCGUUACGGACAUUGCACUGUCUCGUGAAAAGCUUCCAAAUGUUUCUAUAUACUGUGUUUCCAUGCUAGUGUAGAGUUCUUUUAUGUGCACGGAUCUGUCUUUGGGUGGUGUCACCCACACAUUUUGCGUGAAAAUGCUUUUACUGUUUAUUUUGUCCGCGAGCAUGUGCUCGAACCCCCAUCUCCCUUCCCAAUCUUCUCACUUUGGUACUACUACAGCACUAUUUUGUUCCUCGCAAUUUCUUUGCAUUUUUCUCUCAAGCGCGCUGUCAGCGUCGGUAACUACGAAGAGUGGCAAAGCGCACAGUGACAUCUCAAGCACGUUUCUACCUGCCUUUUGUAUGCCUUGUAGAACGCUCACUCUUUGACAUCUUGCAGUGCAGGUGCAUAACUUCAGCUACUGCACCAAGGUUCUUCUGGUGUGCAAAUACCUCCAUUUAAAAUGUCGCGGACAUUUCGGUUCCAGCAUAAUGCAUUCUGAAAUAAAAUAGCCAAUAGCCAAUUCCUUGAGAACUAGUGAAAAGAAAAAGAAGCAAUUAUGAAAUGAGGGAAUGCGUGUUGCAGGGAAGCAUCAAUACCAAUCG